CUUCUCGCCCAUAGUCCAAACGCGCUCAUUCUCUUGUCCAUCGUACCCUCUCAUCCCUCUCCUCGAAAACUCCCGUGUUCUGUCCAUUGUACCACAUCAUCAAGAAAUCCAAUGGCGGACCAGGAACUCUUGGACUCGGCGAUUCUCCACACUCAUACAACUCCCAACACGGACCAUCAAAGUCUCCCUGACGCGCCCAAGACGUACACCUACUACCAUGCUGGACCAUUGUUCACGCUCGCCGAACUUCACACCAAUGUCUUACUCUCUCAAGCUGUCUCUAAACUCUCCUCGAGCAAAUAUAUUCCUGUAUUACCCCAGGAUCUGGAACAGCGCGAUCUGACGCCACAUUCGAUACGCGAUGAGGACUUGCGUGCGCUGCUAAAUUGUGACUUGGCGCUUAUCACCUACGAUGGGACCGAAUUGGACGCUGGCACUGUGGUCGAGUACAUGGUGGCCAAGAUGGCCGACAUCCCUACCGUCAUUCUCCGCACUGAUUUCCGCGUAUCUGGCGACCAAGGAGGGAAAGGUGACUCAUGGAAUCUGAUGAGCUCAAGUUGGCCUAGGACUUUUGGCAUCACGGUCAAUGCCAUGGUAGAGUACAAGGCUGGGCUAGCUAAGGCCUCCGAGGCCGGACAGACCCUUAAUUCUGGUGAAGUUGCCAUCGAGGGCAUUGCUCAGAAGAUCAUCGACGGUUUCGACAAGGUGCUCAAUGAACCCCCGCGCCUACCGAAGGAGUUGAGGGAUAGCGUGUAUCAUUGGCUGGCGUUGAUGCCGGGUUUCCGCGACGGAGGGGAUCAAGGCAACAUCGAGGAGUUUGCUAAGCUAUGCAAGGAUAAAGAGGCAAAGGGUCUGCUGUAGACUUUGAUGACUGGCAUCGGGCGGCAGUUGCAUUGGCUUUCGUGUGACAUCUCAAGCGGCAUGGGGAGCUGGCUCUCCUGGAGUUGUUCAAUGGGGGCCUUGAAAGAAUCUGGUCUGCAGAGAGUAAUACAUACAGUAUAAAACUUUGCAGAUAGUGCAGGUGUAGUUAUGUCCACCCUCUUAAAUGGCCAGUCACCGUGCAGACCA